AGCCGCCUCUGGGUGGGCUAGAGUGUCGCCUUCCGCCUGUGCAGCCGCGUGAGUGACCUUCUCGCGCCCACGACGAUGCUGGCCGCGGCUGCUCACCCCCUGCGGGGGCCCUGCUUGAGGUUCCGGGCCGCGGCCCUGCUCCAGAACAGGCUGCCAUUAUUGGGUGUUUGUGCCCUGAGGCUCAUGAGAACCAGCUGUCAUCGAAGAAGAAGUGAUACUCUGGCUGGAGCCACUCUGGACAAUGCUCCCAAGCAGUACCCUCCUAAGAUUCAGCAGUUAGUACAGGACAUCGCUGGCCUUACUCUACUGGAAAUCUCUGAUCUCAACGAGUUACUGAAGAAAACAUUGAAGAUUCAGGAUGUGGUGCCAAUGGGUGGCAUGGUACCAAAUGCUGCCACUGCAAAGGUAGUUCCUGAGGUAGCAGAAGAGGAAGAAAUGCCCAAGCAGAAGGAACGAACACAUUUCACUGUUAAGCUGACGGAAGCCAAGCCUGUGGAUAAAGUGAAACUAAUCAAGGAAAUAAAGAAUUACAUUCAAGGCAUAAACCUUGUCCAGGCAAAGAAGCUGGUAGAAUCUUUACCCCAGGAAAUCAAAGCCAAUGUUGCCAAAUCAGAAGCAGAGAAGAUUAAAGCAGCCUUGGAAGCAGCUGGUGGCACUGUGAUUUUGGAGUAGGAGUUUGGUACUCUGAAGGACUUGUACAAAGUGAGACUUACUCCAGUCCAGUCUGACCACUUGGGCAGUAGCCCCAUGUGUAUUCCUGCUGCCUGAAAACCUGAACAGAUGCGCUUAACCAUUGUGGGUAGUUUUGAGUGAGAACUUUCUCAGCUUUUCAGGAAACUCUGUUCUGGGAGGGAGAAGCUCAUCUGUCCCAGGCCCUUUUAAAAGGCUACUAUGAAGAAGGACUCUGAAACAUAAGAGUGGGGAGCAAGUUUGUUCAAACAGUAGCCUAUGAGGAAAAUAUAUUAUUACCCAGAAUUCCAGUGUGUUUAGAAUUGUGUGCUGAAGACCAGUAACAGGCAGCCAAGAAUUGACACAGCAAUAUCUUUAACUACCAAAGUUAGAUGUUGGGGGAUAACCUAGGAUUGUGGGGUGGUCCGGGCCUUAAAUCUACCUGCCUGUUCUCUUUGUUGUGUUGCCAGUUAUACACUGUUUUUCUCAAGCCCCUAAGAAACGGUACUGAUCUCUCAUUUUCACCAUUUCAUUGUGGUGUCUAUAGUACACUGACUAUAUGAUGGUAUUGUUGGUUUAAAGAAACAAAAACUCAGACACCAUUGCCUCAGCAAGCUAAUAUUCUGAUUGGGGGGACGGUACAUAUACAUAAAUGUUUAACAGUAUAAGGUAUUACAGGAGAUGGGACAGACAAGUAGCAUAGGAAUUAUGAAAGCUUGCUCAUCCAGAAUAUAGAAAAGGUUAUCUGAGAAAGAUGGGGUUCAAGAAAGACCUUAAAGGAAGGAUUGGGUUUAUGGAAAUGGAGGAAGAAGGUAUUUAAAGCAGGAAGAGUAGUGGGAUCAAAAUAGGAGCAAAAGUGUUCUGGAUGUAUUUAGGGAAUAAGUAAAUUAGAUUGGCUAGGAAGCUAUGGUAGAGCAUAUGGGAAAAGGCUUUAGAAGGCCUUGAAUCCCAAGCUAAGGAAUUUGGGUGUUUAAUUCACCCACAAAUAUCAAAACCCGAGGGAAUGGGAGAUGGUAGCUUAAAAGGUGAGCCAGUUUUAUAACUUAACUUAGUUGAGCUCAGCUUUAGGGAUGAUCCCUGUAUAGCUUCUCUAAACUUGGAAGGGAUUAGAACCAGUAAUACUGCAUACUAAUUAUCCAGGAUAGACCACUGCUUGCCCAGCUUAAGAAAGAACAGCAUAUAUCUCACAAGGCAGUCUUGGGCGGGGAAUGGAAGCGGGGGCAAUGGAUAGAGCACUAGUCCUGUUGUCAGGAGACCUUAGUUAAAAUUUGGCCUCAGACAUUUGAUACUUACUACCUAUGUAACCCCAAUUGCCUCAUUAACUCACCAAAACAACAAUAACAACAAAAACCAAAACACACAAGCCUAGGAGGUUCAGCAGACAAGGAGUUAGGAGACGUUUGACCACCUCGUGUGUGUAAAGAAGUCUUUAGAAGACAGAAAAAGUGAUCUAAAGCUUCCUAAUCUCAGGGGCCUUCCCCAGACUUUUCCCUUGGUUUUGCCUAUGUAAUUACUGAAGAGUUAAUGAUUUACCUAGAUAGUCUUGGGGCAUCUGAUCCUUCCCUGAAUCUUCCUGUUUGCUCUCUGGGGUGUGACGGUCUCCUUGCAAGGUGAUUGCUCAGAGCAGGGGUGAAGCUAACCAUUUUCUAGCAUCUAUUUCCUUUGACAUUUAUCCCCAGGAACAAAGAUAGAAUCAUAAAAAUCAAAAAAAUUGAAUGGAAGGCUUAUGCCCAAAUCUCAAGUCAUUCUAUGUUCUGAUCCUACCUGGUUACAACUGUACUUCUUCCUUUUCUAAACUCGUCUCUGGUAAUACAGUUACAUGAGAUCUUUUUUACAUUUUUACUUUUAGGCCUAGCUUUCGAAUGAAUAUAAAAAAAUAGUCUCGAUUUCAAGACUAUUCUAACCUGAGCAAGAACUCCCUCUACCAUAUACCCAAAAAAAUAGCUCUUAUUUAAAGAUUGGAGAGGAAACCUGCUACUUUCCAAAGAAACUCAUUUUACCUUUGGUUAACUAUUAGGCUAAGCAUCCCUAGUUCCCGCAGCUGAUCUUCAUAUGCCAUGAUCCUGGACAGUACUUUGGUUUUCUUCCAAACUGUCUAAAGCAGAGAUGGGGAACGUCUGGCCCUUGGGCCAUAUGAGGCUUGCAAAAUCAUUUGGUUCAUUCCUGCCAGUGCAACUGCAGGCAAAGAUGAGCUGAAAGCCAGGCACAACAACCUCCUGCUGCUUGAGUUUUAAGUUGAUAAUUUUGAAUGGCCUGUGAAUGAUGUUAUAAAUAUCCAAAUACUCCUUGGCAGAAAAAAGGUUCCCCAUCCCUGGUCUAAAGCAUGUUAAUGGUCUUUCUAAAAUAUGCCCACGACUCAACAUAAUACUCCACAAGUAGUCUAAGUUGGAGGAAGGGAUCCUACAUUCAGUGACAACAUGGCUCCCUUUAUGUAUUGUAAGCUAACAUUAGCUUUUUGGGGCCAUAAUUAUAUAUUUAAGGAGCUUGUUUUAUAUUCAAACUCAAAUCUUUUCCAUCACACAUCCUCCAUUUUUUCCUGUGAAAUUUGUCUUUUUUUAAAGUGUAAGAAUUUAUUCCUAUUAAAAUUCACCUUAGUAGAUUUGGCUCACAUUCUAUCCUUUACACAUCUGGGAUCCUGACUCUUAUUACCUAGUUAUAUAUCAUCUUCAAAUUUGAUAAAUUUGGUAUAUGUGCUUUUAGUAUAGGGCCAAACAUAAGUUCCCUUUUUUUUUAAUUAAAGCUUUUUAUUUUCAAAACAUA